AUGCUGGACUAUGCUUCUGACUACUUGCAUCGGGUCCAAAGGACAAAAUCACAUGUCAUGGCCAAAUGGGUUCUGACUGUCCUCCCACCCACCAAACCGUCCGCCGGACCAGUUCUCAAACCAUCUACCGAGCGUGCUACCGAACCAUCCACCGAAUCAGUUACCAACCAACCCACCGAAGUAACUCCUACUGAAGAGUCCCAAGCCAGCAACAGUUCCUCUCAUGAUGCAACGUACGGUCCAGAUUCGCCGUGCGACCAUGCCAUCCACGGCCGCUGGCUGUUCAACGCACAGAAGCUGGCCUACGAGUGGCAACUCUACCCCUGCGCGCACCCCCUCCCCCCCGUCUCUCAGUGGCUCUCCGCCCUCCAAUCCCGGGGUAUUUCCGAGAUUAACUUUGUCGGGGAUUCUCACGUGCGCUUCCUAUACCACCACCUCUAUUUUCUACUCACUGGCAAGGCUAAUGCUUCCACUGUACACUACUAUGCCGACCUCCAAUUGGUCGUGCCGCCCCCUAGCCCAAAUUUGCAGCCUCUGAAGCUCAAUUUCUACUGGAUCGGAGGGAUUUACAUCGACGGGCCUUUUGGAUGCAGGUGCAGUGUGCGAGCAACGCUUGUCUCUUUUAUUCUAAUCUGCGCAGCAACAGCAGCAGCAGCAGCAGCAGCAGCAGCAGCAGCAGCAGCAGCAGCAGCAGCAGCAGCAGCAGCAGCAGCAGCAGCAGCAGCAGCAGCAGCAGCAGCAGCAGCAGCAGCAGCAGCAGCAGCAGCAGCAGCAGCAGCAGCAGCAGCAGCAGCAGCAGCAGCAGCAGCAGCAGCAGCAGCAGCAGCAGCAGCAGCAGCAGCAGCAGCAGCAGCAGCAGCAGCAGCAGCAGCAGCAGCAGCAGCAGCAGCAGCAGCAGCAGCAGCAGCAGCAGCAAAAGAAAAAGCAGCAGGAAAAUCAAGCUUCAGUGCUGCCUUCUAG